AUGAAAAAACAGGAAGGAGUCCACAAAUGCUGCUUCAGUUGUACAAUCUGUCCCAACGGAACUCACCUGAACACUACAGGUAAUCCUUAUAACGUCAUCAAAUGCAACAAAACACAGUGGUCUGCUGGGGGAAAUACAUCAUGCAUUGAACUGCAGCUGGAGUACGUGAAAUUCAGCGAUCCUACGGCUAUAGUUAUCAUGACUGGGACCGUGAUCUUGUUGGCCUUCAUUGUAGCCAUAUCUGUUCUCUUUGCCCUCAACUACAACACACCGGUUGUCCGAUCUGCUGGAGGUCCAAUGUGUUUCAUAAUUUUAGGAUGCCUUGGCCUGUGCAGCAUCAGUGUUUUCUUUUUCUUCGGUGAGCCCAGUGUUGCGUUUUGUGUCUUAAGGUAUUUUCCAUUUCUGUUGUUCUAUACUGUUUGUGUGGCGUGUUUUUUAAUGCGCUCCUUUCAAAUUGCUUUUGUUUUCAAAAUAUCAGCAAAGUUCCAAAAUAUCUCAGGGAUUUGGACUAAAUAUAAUUUACACUGGAUAUUUAUUUCUGCUGCAUUUUUCCUCCAGGCCAUUUUACUUAUUGUUCGUUAUUCCCUUGAGCCUCCAACAAAAGAGAAAUAUUACUGUGAUAGAAAUAUAACCGUUUGUGAUCUUAAAAAAUUUCAAACAGACUCACUCAUCUCAUUUAUUUUAAUAUCUCUUUGGAACUUUCGCUCAUGUUCUUGA